GGACCGCACUGGGCUUUAUGAAUUGAACUUGGGAUGGGCAGUGGACCGAACCCGUAAAAAAAUGUCAUAGGGCUGAGCCACACAGGAUCACCAAUCCUUAGCCUCAAAACUCAUAGGAGCAAAAGCAGAGAGUGCGAACUGCAGAGAGUGAAACCGCCAUGGCCACCUCUCUACUCUCACCUCUCUCUUCUCCUAUCUCGCCCUCGACCGUGGACGCUCACGACGUUGGUUCCGCCGGUGGUGCCGUCAAAUCCUCUUUCCUUCACUGCACAAAGCUCUUCUCUGCUCCCAAACUCGGAAGAAGCGCAGUUCGGAGAGGGUUCAGGUCUCCAUCUGCAAAGGCCUCGUUUGACCACAUACCUAAACAGUUCAGAGAGGGAAAUCUCCAAGACGGAUUGAUGGAAAACUAUAAAAAUGUUCCCCAGUAUUUUUAUGGCCUUUCACCUUCACAAAUGGACAUGUUCAUGACAGAAGAUAAUCCCAUUAGCCGGCAGUCAGAAAGAGUUACAGAGGAAAGCAUCUCAUCUGCUCGGAAUUAUAUGGAUAAUGGAGGGAUGUGGAGUCUAUCAGGAGUGAAUGACAGGGGUCCUUCAAAAUAUAGUAUGAGUGUAAGCAUGUAUCGUGGAGGCAGAGGAUCUGGAAGACCCAGAACUGCUCCUCCUGAUUUGCCAUCUUUGCUCUUAGAUGCUCGGAUUUGCUAUCUGGGCAUGCCAAUCGUACCUGCAGUAGCUGAGCUUCUUGUUGCUCAGUUUAUGUGGUUGGAUUUUGACAACCCCUCAAAGCCUAUAUAUCUCUACAUAAAUUCAACUGGAACACAGAAUGAGAAGAUGGAGACUGUUGGAUCUGAAACUGAGGCAUAUGCUAUUGCUGAUUCCAUGGCGUACUGCAAGUCGGACGUCUAUACAGUGAACUGUGGCACGGCAUAUGGUCAAGCAGCAAUGCUUCUAUCAGUUGGAGCCAAGGGUUACCGUGGUCUACAGCCAAAUGCCUCCACGAAAUUAUAUCUACCUAAAGUAAACCGAUCAAGUGGGGCUACCAUAGAUAUGUGGAUUAAGGCCAAAGAACUAGAUGCAAACUCGGAGUAUUACAUUGAGCUAUUAGCUAAAGGAACUGGGAAGACAAAGGAAGAAAUAAAAAAAGAUGUCGAACGCCCAAAAUAUUUGCAAGCACAAGAAGCCAUUGACUAUGGCCUUGCAGACAAGAUAAUUAGCUCAAUGGAUCCAGCAUAUGAGAAACGGAAUUAUGAUGAGAUGCUUGCCCAAGCAAAAUCCAUGAGGAGAGCAGCAGGAGCUGGCCCACAAGCAGCUCCCUCUGGAUUUAGGUAAAUACAAAACCGCAGAAGGGAAACAUUUGGCCAUCCAGUCUUUUGCACACCAUAAAUGGUCACAGAUCUGCAAAAUGGACACAUUUGGAUACUGAGAAAGUAGUUCCAUUUGGGGCUUUGUUUGAAAUUAUAGCUAAUAUGUAGACACAAAUGUAUUGCCCCCUUUCAUGGCCAGGUUGCACUUGCCUCUGCCAGUACUUUUUGAGUGCUGUAUACAUGGUCAAGUUCAGUUACUACUCUGCGGUUAUCAUGUGGGAUUGGCUUUUAUUCA